UUCGACGGCAACAUGACGCACUUCUUGAAGCACACAAAGCUCGUCAAUGCGGCGGGGGCCAUCCAAGAACCUGCGGCCAAGACGCUUGCUCUGUACUUUGCGGCGGAUUGGUGCCCUGAAUGCCGUGACUUUCAGCCAAAGCUCAACGAGUUUUACUCCAAGGUGAACGAACAAGCACAUCAAUUCGACGUGGUAUUCAUAAGUUCGGACGCGAAUGAAGACGACCAGCUCGCCCACUUCCGGAACAAGCAAGGUCCGUGGCUUGCGGUUCCAUUUGACGAUCCUAUUCGAGACGAGUUGAAGCGAAAGUUCAAAAUCUGCGCCAAGAAGGAGAUGGAGGCUGUUGGCGUGAGCGAACGUGUGGGUGGUAUUCCUAGCGUCGUGAUUGUUACCUCGAGUGGUGAGGUAGUUGACGCCGAUGCCGCCAUCAAGAUCGAUACAGAUGGUGUUCAAGACCUCUCUGCGUGGCUCUAGACGUUCAUGUAACCAGUUGUCGGAGACAUCAUUGUUCACAAGUGAGUUCUGCUUGUCAAACCCUUCACACGUUCACAGCAAGCACUCUCAAGAUGGUGGUGCUUCUGCCCUUGUAAACUCGACUGUAGUAGCUGUUGAGUUACAC